AUGGUGCUCGCCGCUAUUGGUCAGAUCUGCUCGAAUGCAUCUAUGUCCCAUAACCUGGCUCAAUGCCAGAAGCUUGUGCAAAAGGCCGUGGCGGCUGGAGCAAAGGCACUGUUCCUCCCCGAAGCCUCCGACUACAUCGCUUCCUCUGCGGCGGAACCAGUAGAGCUCUGUCAAGAUGUCACCCAUAGCCCCUUUGUCCGUGGUCUCCAACAAGCCGCGAAAACGCAUUCCUUACCUAUCAAUGUUGGAAUUCAUGAACCAACCGAUCCCCCCUCGAAGAGAAUCCGAAAUACACUGAUAUGGAUUGAUAAAGAGGGGGACAUCGUACACAGAUACCAGAAACUGCACCUUUUUGACCUUGAUCUGCGUCCAAAUGGGCCAAGGUUGAAGGAGAGUGACUCGACCGAACCCGGCCAUGAGGUCGUUUCACCACAUCCCACCGCCCUGGGCAAGAUCGGGAGCCUCAUUUGUUUUGACCUGCGAUUCCCUGAACCCGCACUCAGAUUGCGUAGGCUGGGAGCCGACAUAUUGCUCUAUCCGUCUGCCUUCACCGUGCCAACCGGAAAACUUCACUGGGAAAUCCUGCUGAGAUGUCGAGCUAUUGAGACUCAGUCCUGGGUCAUAGCUUCGGCACAAUGUGGUAGACACAAUGCAGCGCGUGUUAGUUACGGUGACACCAUUGUCAUUUCGCCAAAUGGCCAAAUCGCAGGGCGGCUGGACCACGUCGACGACAUAGAGAAGGAGGAGGUGCAGGCGCGCGAGCCGGAUAUCCUUACAGUCGACAUUGAUUUUGAUCUCCUCAAAGACGUCAGACGAAGUAUCCCUUUACUUAGAAGGACUGACGUCUACCCGGAGAUCUAG